AUGGAUCUUCAAAUGGCAGUAACACCACUCUCUAAACCUCGAGAAAAUCCUUUUCAAUCCAUCUUCCGUCCAAAACGAAAAGUUGGCUCACAUUGUGGAUGUAAAGCUCGAAAUUCAAACUGCCCUCCAGGCCCUCCCGGUCCGCCUGGAACGCCAGGAUUUCCUGGUCAACCAGGCCAAGCCGGACAAAAUGGUCAACCCGGAAUGCCAGGACAGCCAGGCCCAUCUUGUCCUGUGCCCAAUUAUGACUGUCAACGUUGUCCCGCAGGAGCUCCAGGAAAGCAAGGACCGCCAGGCCUCCCUGGACCCCCUGGAAGGGGCGGAGCGCCUGGAAUGCCUGGAAAAUCAAGCGGUGUAGGACCAAUAGGUCCUCCAGGCCCUCCAGGACCGCCUGGACCUAAAGGCGAUUGUGGUGGAAACGGGCAGCCUGGCCAGCCUGGCAAAGACGCUAGCUUAAAUCCUGUUUUGCCUGGGCCAAAAGGCGUGUCUGGAUCGCCUGGUCAAGUUGGCCCGCCAGGACCGCCUGGAGCGCAUGGAAAGCCGGGUCUACCAGGCCCAAUAGGCCCUCCAGGACCGCAUGGUCCCCCGGGGAAACCGGGGGCUUGUGGAGAGGAUGGAGAAGAUGGAUUGCCCGGCCAGCCUGGACAAGAUGCUCAGUAUUGUCCCUGUCCUGAACGCUCAGCUAUGGCCAAAGCAGCAAAAGGAGCAUAA